UCCACUGCAUUUGCACUUGCACUUGCACUCCAAUGGCUUCUUCUGCUGCAUCAUCCGCUUCUUUCUCCCUCCUCCCUACAACUCCCUCCUCCACCACUUCCCGUACCCUCCGUUCUCCCUUCCUCCGCUCUCCACUCCCUUCCCUCGCCUUUACCGCCGCUGAUCCCCUUCUCUCUUCCCACGUCGCCUCCAAGCUCCGAUCCAUCAAAACCCCUGCCAAACCCAUCACACCCAUUGUCUCCAUGGCCAAGAAGAGCGUCGGAGAUCUCUCUCCUGCCCAACUCAAGGGAAAGAAGGUGUUCGUUAGAGCUGAUUUGAAUGUACCUUUGGACGACAAUCAGAAUAUCACUGACGAUACAAGAAUCAGAGCAGCCAUCCCUACCAUCAAGUACCUCAUCACUAAUGGUGCUAAAGUCAUCCUUUCCAGUCAUCUGGGCCGACCAAAAGGUGUCACUCCCAAAUACAGCCUUGCUCCUCUUGUUUCCAGACUAUCCGAACUUAUUGGCAUUCAGGUUGUGAAGGCGGAUGACUGUGUUGGUCCAGAGGUUGAAAAGUUGGUGGCUUCACUUGCUGAGGGUGGUGUUCUUCUUCUGGAGAAUGUGAGGUUUUACAAGGAGGAAGAGAAGAAUGAUCCUGCCUUUGCAGAGAAGCUUGCAUCAAUAGCUGAUCUUUAUGUAAAUGAUGCUUUUGGAACCGCACAUAGAGCCCAUGCCUCGACUGAGGGAGUGACAAAAUUCUUGAGGCCAUCUGUUGCUGGUUUCCUUUUGCAAAAGGAAUUGGAUUAUCUUGAUGGGGCAGUUUCAAACCCAAAGAGGCCAUUUGCUGCCAUCGUGGGUGGUUCAAAGGUCUCAUCCAAGAUYGGAGUCAUCGAGUCCCUUCUAGAAAAAUGUGAYAUAUUGCUUUUGGGUGGAGGAAUGAUCUUCACAUUUUAYAAGGCACARGGYCUAUCAGUGGGAUCGUCRUUGGUGGAGGAAGACAAGCUUGAUCUUGCUACUACACUCCUCGCCAAGGCCAAAGAGAAGGGAGUAUCCCUCUUGUUGCCAACCGAUGUGGUGGUCGCAGACAAGUUUGCACCUGAUGCAAACAGCAAGAUUGUGCCAGCAUCCGCUAUCCCAGAUGGUUGGAUGGGAUUGGAUAUUGGACCAGAUUCUAUCAAGACAUUUAAUGAUGCGUUAGAGACCACAAAAACUGUGAUUUGGAAUGGACCAAUGGGAGUGUUUGAGUUUGACAAAUUUGCAGUUGGAACCGAGGCAAUUGCAAAGAAGUUAGCUGAACUUAGUGGAAAGGGGGUGACUACAAUCAUCGGAGGAGGAGAUUCUGUGGCAGCUGUAGAGAAAGUUGGAGUGGCAGACGUGAUGAGCCAUAUCUCGACAGGUGGGGGUGCCAGUUUGGAGUUGUUGGAAGGCAAAACACUUCCUGGUGUUGAUGCUCUUGAUGAAGCAGUCGUAGCUGUUUCUGCGUAAGCCAAAGUUGUAAAUUUUGAUUUCAAAUUUUUUACUGUAAACAAUAAUUGGUGUAGAGAGGCGAAACACGAGUUUGUAUUAUAUAUGUUCCAACGCUACUACCUUAAAUAUAAGGAAGAUCUUAUUGUUCUGUUUU